CGGCGCUUACAGGAAGCCGAGCGGUCGGGACGCACUGAGGUCCAGGAAUUGGCUGGAGCGAGAGCAACGAGUCCAAAACAUUGCUCUUUCCCCUCGUAACGGCUCCCUGCGCUAAAGGAGGACGAGGCAGAAAAUCCGGAGCAGCAGCACCACCUGUGCAUGAAGACGGCCCGGAGCAGCAGCCAUGUCUUCAGCGGUGGAUCUCAAGACGAAGGAGGAGAAGGAUGCCGAGUUGGACCGACGUAUUGAAGCCCUGAGGAAGAAGAAUGAAGCUCUGGUCAAGAGGUACCAGGAAAUAGAGGAAGACAAGAAGAAGGCAGAGCAGGAGGGCAUCGCCGUGACGACACCUCGAAAGCCCCGCCCACACGAGCCAGAGACGGACAGGAGGAAGACGGAGAAGGAGAACUUCACGGUCACAGUGGACCUGUCCAAACCCGCAGGGGAGAAGCGAGUCGUGAACGACUGGAAACCCGGGACGCCCCGCGGCCGGAAGAGCUCGGAGGAGAGCGACGGCCACCGAGCGCCGGCCGACACCCACAGCCCCCCCAGGAGGACGGGGUCAGGCCGUGUGGGUCGGGGAGGUCAUAGAGGAGGAGGAGGAGGAGGUGGAAGUGGAGGAGGAGGAGGAGGCCGCCAGGAGAGGAGAGACAGACCAGCCCGAGAUGAAGAACCAGGGGAAGGAGUAGGAGGAGUAGGGCAGGGACGCAGAGGAGGGAGGAGAGGAAGAGGUGGAGGUGGAGGUGGAGGUGGAGUAGGUAGAGGAGAAGGAGGAGGAGGAGGAGGAGGAGGAGGAGGAGGGACACAGCCAGGAAUGGACAGGAAAUCCAAGGAGUGGGAGGAGAAGCGGCGGCAGAACAUCGAGAAGAUGAAUGAGGAAAUGGAGAAGAUAGCAGAGUAUGAGAGAGGACAGAGGGCGGAUGGAGACAAGCCCAUCCGUAACUUCCUGGAUGACCCGCGACGUUCGGGCCCGGCGCCGGACUCCGACCGCAAGGAGGGCAGCAGGAGGCAUGUCCGAAACUGGGGAGGACUGGACUUUGACAAUGUGAAGACGGGAGCCGAGCUGGAGAAAGAGUGGACUAGUCGAAGGCCUGGUCCCAAAGGCUCCGUGGACAUGACCAUGUCCAUGACGGGCCGGGAGAGAGCCGAGUACCUGCGCUGGAAGAAGGAACGUGAGCAGAUUGAUGAGGAGAGACUGGCACGCCACCGUAAUGCCACGGGCCAGUGGCGGCGGGAGUGGGACGCUCAGAAAACUGACAACAUGUUCAAGGAGGACCCAUCUGUGGCCGCAGAGGGCGUGACAUCAGAGCAGGGUGGCAGGAGAGACGACAACAAGCGGCCGCCUAAAGUCCCGACGUUUGGCGACUUCCUGUCUCAGGGCCGGGCGCAGGGCGGCCGAGGAGAGCGGGGCCGAGCCAAGGGCCGAGGACAGAAACAGAGCUACAGCAUGCACGACAACCGCUGGGAGGGCGAGAAAGAAGACGAGGAGAAGGAAAAGGAGGACAAGACAAAGAAAGAGCAGAAGACAAAGAAGAAGGAGAAAGAGGAGGAAAAACCCAAAGCUCCCCCGCCAAAGAAGGUGGAGGAGAAGAACGGAGACGGAGACGAUGACGAGGACGAGUGGGAGGACGCCAGCGACGGUGAAGACGCCGUGGAAGAAGGGAGCAACGGCUCUGAGGGAGAGCGGGACUCCGGCGCUGACGAAAAGAAAGACGCAGAGAAAGAGAAACAAACCUCGAGUAAAGAUGCCUCCCCCGCUUCCCCGCCGCCUCAAUCGCCUCCAGCCUCCGGCCCGUCUGCAGGAAGCCCCAAAGAGCAGCGCACCCCCAGGCCCAAGGUGCACAUCCCCUCGCCAGCGGCGGCCCAGGACUCCCCGGAGGGAGCCAAGCCCCUCAGCCCCUUCUCCCCGCUGGACGGCCACCAGCCCGUGUCGGACUGGGGCGAGGAGAUGGAGAUGCUGUCGCCCCGGAGCAGCAUGGGAGGAGAGAGCCCGCUGAAGCCCCCCAGCACCGAGGCGAGCCCCCCGCAGGCCAAGGACAAGACCCAAGCUGAGGAGCAGAAGCAGGAAGCGAGCCCGACCACCAGCCCCUGUAAACCUGCCGAGCCCCAGGAGGAGGAGAAGGACUCGCAGACAGCAGUAGAAGCUGCCGCUGAAACCCAGCAGAGUGUGACAGUGUCAGAGCCAGACUCCGCUCCCGCAGACACCCCCGCCGCCCCGGCCUCUGACCCCGCCCCCUCUGGUGUAUCUGAUCCCGCCCCCUCUGACGUCUCCGACCAGCUCCCUGAGGUCACUGAGGCCGCUGCUACGACGUCGGACCAGGAAACACCCGCCGCUCCUCCAGAAGACAAAUCAGACCCCUCUCCUUCUCCCUCGCCCCCCGCCUCGUCCUCUCCUGCCAUCCUGGAGGUGGAGCAGAACUCUUCUGAGCCAGCGGAGGGGAAAAGCGAUGACGCCGCACCAUCUGGGGCCGGCCCGACACCGGCGGCGGCGGAAACGUCCUCGGAGACCUCGGAGCAGCCGUCCUCAGGCUGAAGGCUGACGGGAACACAGACGCACUCUUCUAAAGGUUCAUAGAGGAUGGAGGGCUGGAGGGAUUGAUGGUGGAGGAAGAGGAGGAGGGGAAGGAGGAUGAAGAACACCACACUAUUCAUUAUUGGAGUGACCAUCGAGGAUUUAAAAAAAAUAAUAAAAACAAGGAGGAAAAAAUGAAUUGUAACCAUGUGGGUGGUGGCAGAGGGGACUGUGUGUAGCCGUCAUGGACCAACGUCUGUCUCGCUCUCUGCUGCUUUCAGCGCCGGCUCGUCUGUCCAGGCCGCCGCCGCUGCCGCCACCGCACAUCUCUCUCACUCUGUCUCAUGUCAGCUGUCACAUCUACAACAUCCACCGGAUCCAUACUGGUUUUAGGGCAUCGAAAAAAUAUUUUCCAGCGUGAUCACAGAGGUUUUAAUCUGCAUUGAGAAAAGGUCUUGAACAGGGUCUGAGUCCCUCUACAAGACCACACGUGUUCAGAUGCAGAGCAGCAUCACCAGACCCAAGUAGUCUGGAACCGCUCAGUCCAUUUCUGAUUUCCAAGGAGCGUUAAAAACAGCCGCAGACCGAAAUGCCACAAGAUGCAGUUGGAUGAACUCCCAACCAAUCAGAGCAGCAAACAGUCUAGUAUCAAAUCUGCCCCGGGUUAGAUCAGUUUUGAUUGGCCGACGUGGGCCAGGUUGGCCGGAAAUCAUGGGAUGGGGGGCAAAUCAAUCUGCUAGAGCAGUGGUUCUCAAAUGGGGUUACCCCUAGAGGUAUGUUGGAGUACUGCAGUGGGUCCAUGAGAUUUUUUUUUUAAUGUUCAUUUAAAAAAUAUCAAUCAUGGAUAAUUCCUAAAAUAAUUAGUAUAUGCUAUAAUAAUUUCAAUAACAAAAAUGUAACUAAGUUUGAUGAAGCACAUUUUAUCUUCAGUUUUCCCUCUGGGUUUCCUGAAGGUGUCAGAUGAAGAAAACACAAAAAACAUCCAGAAAAUGAAUUAGUGUUUGAAGCGUAGCAGCAACACAGCUGAGAACAAGGAGGAAGAGGAGAAGCAGAAACAGAGACAAUACAGUUUUGUCUCUACUGGUCAGGCUGUGCUGGACUUAAAACACAUAUUAAAGGGGUUUUGUCACUGAGAAAGCUUAGAGAACCACUGUGCUAGAGCUGGACACCAGGAGCUGGCUGAGUGGCCGGGCUCCCAGGCCACAGCAGAACCUGCUGUGAUUCAAAAACACACAGAUAAUCAGAAAACUCAAACUCUGGCUGUGAAACCGGCCUGACAUUACAGGAGGCUUCAGAGGACGGUCAGCGCCCUCUGGUGGCCAUGUUGGAGGUCCAAAGCUCUUUGAUGACGGUCGCUUCCAAGCUAAUUUUGACUCUAAAUGAACACAACUCAGUGUUUAGCUCAUUUCUACACUUUUGUGGCUUCAGUUUUUAUGUAUUUAGAUCAUCAGCCUGGCGGCUAGCUAACUGUAGUAUCUGGUCUGCUAGCUAGCACUGAACUGUAGCUAAUGUAGCUUGAAGAAACUAGCGUUAGCAGUAGCUAGUGAUUGCUAGCUAACAGUUUAAGUAUAACAUUAGUGUAAGUUGCUUUGUUUAAGUAGCUUGCUGGCUAGUUAGCUGGCUAACAGUUUGUUCAGCUUAGUCUCAGCCUGUAGAGAGAGAAAGCUACACCAAUAACAACAGAGACAAGAGUGCAGUACUGUCUGUUUGCCAUCAGGGGCAGCGCUGAGCACCUGUUUAACACAGUGGAAUACAUGACAGUCAAUGGGGCUCUGCUAAAAAAUGAUCACUAUAUUUGAUUUCAGAUGUUGACCAGUAACUGGACUGGUCACACAGCCCAGUGUUCAUAACAUGAAACUGUCAAUUGUAAAAUUAAAGACCAUUUCAGAAGAUAUAGUAUAUAAUAUAUAGUAACAAAAAUGAAAAAAUGAAUUUAGAGUGCUGAUGUUCUCCCACAGCUCCAAUUGAGUGCUGUUUAUUUUGCUCUGCUUGACCCAGUUCAGUGCACGACGCCCCCUGCAGGUAGUCUCACAUUCUUGUGCGUAGCCCCCUGUAUAGACUGGGAGCUAACUCUCAUUAAGCUGCAGCGCAGAGUGUUGUGGAGUGGAGGCCAGGGCAGACUGUUCACUUUUAAUUAAAGCAUGGCUGAAGUGACACAGCCUCGGCACAACAGCGAAUGUCACCUGGGUCCUCCUCCUCCUGCCUGCUUGUAAUAUAUUUAGACUUUUAUUUGUGCACCGCCCGUUCUCCACUUGGACCUCCAUGAUGGUGCCAGAUGUGGUUGCUAGGAGAUCUGUGAUGCAACUGCGAAGCCUCUAUUUUAAGUGAUGCAGGUGGCCGUCUGGUGCCGGCGACACGGCAGUGAAUCCCAGCUCCGUCGGUGUGGUGAUGUAGCGAGUGCACGGGCCUGCACCCGUCUCACUGUCAGUGUGGUGAGGAGGGGCGAGGAUCUGUCUCUGCUCUCCGGGUUUUAUUGUGUGGCUUUUAAUUGCUUUGUGUGUUUUUUUCAUAUGAGAUGCUGACUGCUGCUGACUCCACUUUGCUUUGUUUUCUGAAAGGUGUCAGACGGGUGAGUGAGAGAGAGUGGGAACAUAGCCCAGAGCGAUCAUACAUAACACUGAACUUCACUUUCAAAAAAUCAGCAUCCCUUGGCCUGAAUGUCUACAUGAGCUUGUUUUUGGGUAGCUUGCAAGGCUUUAAGUGUGCAUUUUAUUUAAUGUUCCUCAUCAGUGCGGCUGCACAGGCUUGCUGUGUGUGUGUGUGUGUGUGUGUGUGUGGCAGAAGAAGUGAGCAUGCACCCACUCUGCCACAGUCAGAUGUGAACCUGUGACACUCACACCUCCACCCACAUCUGUUCUUAUCAGAAAAGCAGUCAUGUACCUGCAACAGUCUUAAUAUCAGCGAGGGCUGCUUGCAGAUUUCUGCCGCUCUUUGCCUCUUGGGAAUCAGAAAAACGGUGCAUUUUUUUUAAUAUUCACGCCGAUGCAAACUGUGCUGCCAUGUUCUGACUGAUGUCGCGUGAACACUGAGAGGCCAGUUCAGCAGCGGGAUCUGUCACAUCUGUCUGAUUCCACUCUUCUCAUGUAAGACCAUGCUGCCUCUGAAAUGCGGCUUCAAGAUUUUUUCAUUUGAAAUGAAUUUGAGGUUCAUUCCAAAAUGACAUGUAAAAAAAUCUGGUGAGAAAAUAAACGUAGACCUACUCAUAAAGUCAACACAAAACAACUAAAGGUCUUUUCUUGCAAAGUGAUUCCAUUUUGUUGGGGAUGUUAUUCGCUUUUCUCCCAGAGUGUAGUCGUAGUAAUUUGUUAAGGACCUGUCAUCAAGUUACAAAAUGUAGUAAUAUUAAUUACUGCUGAAGUAAUUAAUGUCAGGCCGUUUUUUAAAUAGAAGAUGCAUUAUGGAGUGACACCAUUAACCUCAGCAGACAAGGGCUUUAGUUGGUUUUCUUUGAGGUUUCUGCUGGGUCUGUGAAUCAUGUCGGCUGUAUCGGCCUGCGAGGUGUUGAGGAACACGGGGAAAAAUUGGAUGCUUUAAUGUAAUUUUAGUUUAGUUUUGUUUUGUAUCAAAGGAGUGGAAGUGCGUUUGGAGUGCGUGGAACUGCAAUAUGUAUAGUUUUUAAAUGCAACUGAACAUUCCACUGUCUGAGGGUUGUAUGAAAUGUCUGAGCUGUUGUUUUUUUGUUGUUGUUUUCUUCUGUUUUUGCAUUAUGGGUAUCUUUGUUUUUUCCUCCUCAGCUCUGAUGACUCUGUGAUUGUAUUUAAGGCCGUAGGAUAUUUCACAACACACAACAUAUUUCUAAACUUGUCUUCCCGUUUGAUACUACACAAAACUGCGUGAAGACAUAACAAGGUUUGCCUUUGGAGUGGAGUGUGAGUGUUUUAAAUAACAGCAACUACAAGGACUUAGCAUGAUCCAGAAUUGUAGCUUUUUAUUCUUGUCAGAUCCAUUCAUCAUGAAAUAAAUAAAUCAAUGCCCCUAUUAAUUAUCUCCCUCACGAGAGAGAGAGGGAGAGGGUGCCCACAUGAAAUGUAAAGCACACUGCUGCUUUUUCAUUUAUUUUAGGUUUUUCCUCAUUUCGCCAAUAAAUGUAUUUCUCUGGUCUCUUA